AUGUCGAAGAUCUCCAAGGUCAACCAUGCGGCGGGCAUCUUCGCUGACAUCUCCGUCGAUGGCCCCGUUAUCGGUACCUUGGUCGCUAUCAUCGACCGAGCCAAGAAUCUACCCAACCGGAAGACUAUGGGCAAGCAGAAUCCCUAUGCUGCAGCACGAUUAGGCAAGGAGGCAAAGAAAACGCAAACAGAUUUGCGAGGAGGACAAACUCCUAGAUGGGACUCGGAACUCCGAUUCACCGUUCAUGAAUCUCCCGAUUACUUCAAACUAAAGGUCUCUGUAUUCAAUGACGAUAAAAAGACAGACUUGAUCGGCGAGACCUGGGUCGAUUUACAAAACUUGAUCAUUCCGGGUGGAAGCCAGAAUGAUCACUGGCACCCACUUCAAUACCGUGGGAAAUAUGCGGGAGAAAUCCGAAUCGAAAUGACCUACUACGACACCAGAGAACAGGACGAGGUCCUAAUAGGAGCGCCGACAAGAAGCCGCUGA